UGGAAAGUUAACGAUUGGAAAAAUGUCUUGGGAAUAAUUUUAUUAUUGUUCAAUAUUACUGUAUACCCUCUUUGUUUUUGUUAUAAUUAUUCUGUUUUUUAUAUAUUUUCGAUCGAUUUAUUCCAAUUGAGCAGUCAAUUUUGAAAUUUACAAAUUUGUUACGUAGUACGGAUCGUAACUAGAAUCAGGUCAGCCAACCGGGGAGGAGUAAAAUCCAAAUGUCAAAGUCAUGACGAAACAUUUUUGUGUUGAUUGCAAAAAAAUAGCAAUUUAAUUCAAAACAAAGGAAAUGUAAACACGGAAACGUCACGAGAACGCAGUACAAAUAUAUCAGACCACGUUAAAUUUGUACAAGUGAUUCGAACGAGAGAAAUGGCCGAUCAAUUCCGAAGAAAACCUUGAAAAAAGUUUAAUCAUAUUUGUUGAUGUUCCUUUGUUACGGCGGGAACCGAUUGCUUUUGCACACAAUGGCAGCGGCUCUCGCUCAUGAUUCGCCUAAAUACCGUGGCAGUUUGAUAUGCUGUAAUCCCAGGACUUCCGUUACGGAUCGGAGCCCAUCUUCCUCGACUUCUGGUUGCGUGUCUGCUGACGAGAGUUACGACUCAAACUACAUACCGAAAUCGAUAGCGAACAAGAAACUUAAGAUACACAGCUCUGCGACCAAAGAAGAUAUCGAAAAAGCUAUAAAUCAAUGUAAAGAACUAAUUUUGAACAGCUCCCAAUGCUCCGACGAACGCAAAUGGCUAGUGCGUUAUUUAGUCGAGCUCAGGCUGAGGUUAGAGGACCUGAAGGACAAUGAGGGUCAGACCAGGGUCAAAGUAUCCAUCAAAGGUCAUCACUUCGAGCAGCAGGUCAACCCAAACAACCGCAAACAGUAUUGUGAUCACUGCAGCGGUGUAAUAUGGAGUAUAGUUCAGAGCUCAUAUAUUUGUACAGACUGUGGAUACUUGUGCCAUUAUAAAUGCAUCGAUCACAUAUGCAGAGUGUGUGCUCAUGUCGUGAUGACAGAAAAGGGGGAGUUUGACAUGAACAUCUGCCCAGAAAGAGGCUUAGCAGCACAAGAUUAUAAAUGUGCUGAAUGUGAAACCACAUUAACUUUUAAGGAUGCUUGGAACGAUCCUCGAUUAUGUGACUAUACGGGUCUUUAUUACUGUACAACAUGCCAUUGGAACGAUCAGUUUGCGAUACCGGCUCGAGUUGUCCACAACUGGGAUUGGGAGAAACGUUACGUCUCACGCCUGGCCUACCAAAUGUUAAGUAUAGCAUGGUCACGACCAUACAUAAACAUUGAAAACAUUAAUUCUAAGCUCUUUAGCUUCAUUGCCGAAUUGGAAUGGGUUCACAAGAUGCGCAAGGACCUGGAAUGGAUGCGUAGAUACCUGUGCGCUUGCACCGAAGGCACAACUCUCCUGUCUCCUCUAUUCGUCCAACUCGGAGACGUAAACAAGAAGUACAGUAUGUCACACUUACAGGCGAUUAAUGACGGGUCAUUAGAAACUGAAUUGACUGAACUGACAGAGGUCUGUCGGACACAUAUAACAAACUGCCCUCUAUGUUCAGGCAAAGGUUAUUUGUGUGAAGUGUGCAGCAACAAUGAAGUGUUGUAUCCCUUUGAUAGUGGAGCGAUAAUGUGUGAGAAGUGCAAUUCUAUGUAUCACAGAGGCUGCUGGCUCCGUAAAGGACAGACCUGCCUCAAGUGCACCAGGAUAGACGAGAGAAAUAAAAGCACCGAAAAGGAAAAUGAGAAUUUACAUUCUGAUUAUGACAUUGACAAAUUUGUUGAUACCUCUAUCGGGCCUCUGAGUGAAACUAUCUAGCUCCUUAGUAGUGGUUUACUUCUCAUUCUAUUGUAAUAAAUCAAUUCGCCAUUUCAUUUUUAAGACAAUUUGUUUUAUGUGUACGCUUUAGACAAAAUAUAUUAUCAAUAGAGUUUACUAAACACCUCAUUAGUUGAAGAGUGAAUUGUUUGAGUAAUUAUUGGAUUGAAGAGAAUAUUUCCCAAAAUCAAAAGCUGGAUUCUGAAUUAAGUUUGAUUGGAUGUGGCAAAAAAUUAAAAAUGACCACUGAUUGAUACUUCAGGCUGAUUAAAAGCAUAGUACUAAACCAUAGUAGAACAAUAACGACAUUACCUUUGAGAUAAUCCUAAAGUUAAUUAUUUGUACAUGUGAUGUACCAAAAUUUAUAAUUUAUUUAUAGAGAUAAAGUGCAGUGGAUGAUUUCAUGCAAUUUGUGACAAAGAAAAUCAUGAAUUCAAUUUAAUAUUUUGUUAUAGUCAAAGGUUAACAUUACAUUCUCGAUAUCUUGUGAAUUGUAUUAAAAUUUAUCUCAUUGAUUCCAUCUUCAAAAGCUAACUAUUGUUUUUAGCUACAUUUAUUUAAAACUUUUUAAUCCUGUCUCAUUGGAAAAAAUUAUUUUAGUUUUCAUUAUCAACCAACUUCUUAACAUUAUGUAUUUGAGAAACUAUUUCAAACAAUACUUCCCUGUGCAUUCAGAGGCAAAAUAAAAAAAAAAGUGCACAAAAACAGAUAAUUGUAAAGUUUGUCUCUGAAUAGACAGCGACAACACACAAUGACACUAUUCAAACAAUAACAGGGAGGAAAUAAUAACGAGUAAUGAAUAGGUAUCUAGAAGCUAUAUUUUCUUAACCUUUGGUCUGUGUAAAGGAUUAAAGAAAUGUGACGCAAUUAGGUACACUUUUUUUAUUUAUUACUUACAUAGAUGGACAAGCUCACAGCCUACCUGGUGUUAAGUGGUUACUGGAGCCCAUAGACAUCUACAACGUAAAUGCGCCAUCCGCUUUGAGAUAUAAGUUCUAAGGUCCCAAGUAUAGUUACAACGGCUGCCCCACCGUUCAAACCGAAACGCAUUCACGGCAGAAAUAGGCACCCGUGCGAACUCACAAGAGGCCUUACCACGCUUUGCAGAUUUGAGACUCCAAUUCAUUGGCUAUAUUUUGUAAAUGUUGAGUCGCGGUCGCCAUUUAUAUUAUUAAAUAAACUAUGGACAGUAUGGAAAAUUAUUAGGUACCUUAUUAGUUCGACUUCGUCGCGUGAAUAUAGGCAUUAAUAAAAUUAGUUUAACUUAUAUAUUUUGUAAAUUUAAGCUUAAAUGUUAACGUGAAGACAAUAUUUUGGAUUGUGUAUAUUGGUGCUGAAUUUUUUUCUUAAAUCGGUUACCUACUGAAUUUGGCAAUAAACAAUAAAGUUUUUACUAUUGGAA